UCUAUCUCUUUUAUUAAACAAAAUGAUUGCUUUAGUUUCAUUGUUCUUUGUUUCAUUGUUCGCCCCAGAAGCUUCUGCUGUGAUUGGUGGAGAUUUGAACUGCACAACUUAUAAUGGAACAGCGUUCGUGUGGACCCCUUCAGCAGUUGCUUGCUCGAACACUAUCUCUGACGCAUCGUGCGCUAUCCUAUACCCAACCACCGAUACAUUGGGAUUCCCAGCCGCUGGAAAUGCUGCUGGAAGACCACUGGCUUGUUAUACGACUGCUACUGCCACCCCAGCUGCCGUAGUUCAGGACAUGAAAACUGCUGCUGCUGCCAAUUGCCCGAAGACGUGUGGACUCUGCUGUCAAACUGAUGCGUACUACUGCCCUAACGUUGCUUAUCCUCGUCUCAACUGCGCUUCUAUCACACUUUCUCAAUGCAACUCCCCAGCCUGGAGAACGAUCAUUGCCGCUGAUUGCCCAUCUGCUUGUGGAUUCUGCAACCAAGCGGGAUGCGUCGAUGCUGUUACUAACUGCGGAACUGAUCUGAGCAUCUGCCAAAACAUCGGAAUGCAAACCUUCGUGAACACCUACUGCCAGAGAACCUGUGGAAGAUGCCCAUCAACCACCGCAGCUGGAAGCGUAACUGUAACAUCCGGAACCUGCACCUCAUACAUCGCCGACAGCUCCUCCAACUGUGCCGCCUGGUCCACCAACGGAUUCUGCACCAAUACCUUCUACACAGUUGCCCAACGCCGAUCGAGAUGUGCCACUACCUGCAGAAUCUGUUAAACUGAAUUGGAUUUAUGUAUUUAAUUGACUUGUGCAUACUUAUGGUUAUUGAAUGGAAUUGACCACUCCAUAUAGAUACCAAUUAUAAAUAUUUCAAUGACUU